AUGCUCCUCCUCAUCCUUGCGGCUUCCAGUCUCAUCAACGAGGCCGCAUCCCAAGAUUCGACAGAGAAGUGCACUUGCUCUCCUUGCGGCAGUCCUUGCACAAACCCAAGCCCUCCGCCUCCCCAACCAGAGAAUUACCCUCCCCCACCACCACCAACGCCAGAAUACUACCCACCGCCACCGUCACCGCCUCCUCCCUUCCUUCCCCCAACCCCUACACAACCUUAUUGUCCGCCACCUCCGCUUCCUCCGUCGCCUCCAUCACCAACCACGCCUUCUAAUCCUUGCUGUUCACCUACCUCAGGAACGACACCUUAUUUUGGGUUUGUACCACCGGGCCAACUUUAUCCACAGGAUCUGAAUUUCGUUCCAUCAGCUGCUUAUCAAAGGUUACAAGGGAUGUUUGAGAAUUUUCUAUUGUUUAGCUUUAUUGGUUUUUGGCUGUGA